UUACCUGUGAAAGUACCUUCGGCUUGUUGAAUCGAGCACUGUUGUGCACAAGGUUUUUGAGGAUGCAGUCUCUUUAUGAAGCUUAUACCACACCAAAGCGUUUAAAAUACUGGGCCAACAAACAGCCAGACGCAUCAGCUUUUGUUUACGUUGCUAAGGAUAAACCCAAAGCUGUUCUAACAUCAAAAGAAACGUAUGACCUUUCAGUGGAGUUUGGACGUCACUUGUUAAAGAUUGGAGUAGAGCCAGGUAGUGUUGUUUGUAGCAUGAUCCCAGACUCCCCUGCAGCUCUGGUCGCUUUCUUUGGAAUCAUGUGUGCCGGCUGUACUGUCCAGAACGCAACCAUCCAAAUGUCUGAUGGAACAUAUCUUCUACAAAAUCUCCGCAAGUCAAAAUGUCGGGCUGUAAUUCUGUCCUCGAAUCCUGAUGACCGGGCUAAUCGAAUCAUAUCUCAACACUUUGAUACCGUCACUGGGAAUUGCGUUACCUCGGAAAAGUUGCCUCACUUGAAGAAUUUCAUCUACACAAACUUGAAUCUUGGCACUGAACUAGGAUUCAUCUGGCAAGAAGGGGUGGAACUCACAGAUAAUUCUAAUGUUGAAGACCUAACAAUCAGUACCGACGAUGUUGCAGUUAUCAUGCAAACUUCGGGUACAUCUGGCGUAUCAAAACUGAUCCCGUUAAGCCACGCAUUUUUUGGUAGUACUGAAUUAUGCCUCAGAUCUAUAUCAGAAUCAGUGCACGCACUGGGUUCAAGUAUUUCUCUUUUUCACGAGCACAGCCUUACCUGGGGCUUAGGACUACCCUUUUGGUACACAACGUAUGGGGACAAAACAUUCUUACUGGAUCGCAGGUUUAAAUCAGAUGAAGGACUUGAUAUUCGGUUUGUUAGAGAUAUCAUUCUGCAGGAAAAUUGUCAGAUUGCUAUAUUAUCAGCGGCAUCUUGUCUAGAGUUGACAGAGUUAAUUCAAAGAGAAUCGCUUGGUCACGUUACAAUUCCUUUGAAUACGGUAUUACUUGCUGGUCAACCACUGAAAAGGAACAUAUUGGCGGUCAUCGGUACGUUAACUAAGACGGUAUAUAAUAUGUAUGGAAGUUCAGAAGUUGGGAGCGUGAGUCUUAAGAAAAUUGACCAAGAAUCCGGGUUCGAGGAUUUUAAUACCGGAUCGCUAAUAGAAAUGGUAAGUGUGAAGAUAGUUGAUGAACAUUUGAAGGAUGUCCCUACUGGGGCUUAUGGACAAGUUUUGGUUAAUAAACCUGGCAUAUGUAGACGUUAUGUUGGAGACGAAGAUGAUCUGAUGAAGUCGAAGUUUACAGAUGAUGGUUGGUAUCUUACUAAUGACUAUGGAUGUUUUACAGAAAAGGGAGAGUUAAUUGUACGGGGACGGUUUGAUGACGUUAUUAUGAGAGGAAUGAAUUAUUUCCAUCCAUCUUGGAUUGAGAAUAUUAUUGGAGGAUGUCCAGGAGUAGCCGAUGUCCGGGUUGUUAAAGUUCCAGAUGAAGCCUUAUUAAAUGAGAUUUGUGCCUGCUAUAUUCCUGAAAAAAGUUCCGAUACUUGCCCCCAGGACGUAAAUAAUUUUUGCAGGAAGACAUUUGUCAGUCAUGAUUCGAAUGCAAAAACAGCCUGUCCUAAGUACUUUCUGAAAAUGGAAUCUUUCCCUGUAAAUAAAAAUGGAAAAUUUGACAGAAAGGUUUUGGAAGAGAAGGCGGUUAAAUUGCUUAACUUACUGUGAUGGAAAAGAUAUCAAGUCAGAUGGGGCCACCACAAUAAGUUCCCCUAAAUUAUUCUGAUAUAUAAAUUACAAUAAUUUACGUUAAUGGGUCUAAUAAUUUACGUUAAUCGUUUAUCUGGAAAAUUAGAACUAUAUAUAUGCUAAACGUAUUGUGAUGGAUAAUAUAUCAAAUUAGAUGGAGCCACCACGAUAAGUCCCCUUAUAGGUUAUAAUAGUUUACCAUAAUCAUUCAUCUGGAAAACUAUACCUAAAUGUUUCUGUGUAUAUUUAAACUUACUGUUGUAAUAAAGGUCUGCCUUUUGUCCAACCUAACCACCAUGUAGGUAGCGGCAAUAUUUAUUAUGAAUGGGGUUAAAAUAUAAAGAAGUCAUGGGACAAUGCUAAAUCGCUAAUAUUUAAUACCUAGAAAAUGACAAAAAUAGUUUGCAACGCAUAUGAUAAUGUAAUAUGAAUGUAUAUAAACUGAUUUACAUUCAAUCGUUUUUGUUUUUCAUAUCAGUUAUGUUCGGCGAAAUACGCCAGAAGUCUCAAUCGAAUGACAAUCUCUAGCGACUGGUUAUUCCAGUCUAUGCCGAAAGUAUUUAUUGCGCAUGCUCUCCAGAUA